UUGGGCGAAACGCUCAACACAUUGAGCCAACCCGCCAGCCGUUCCUCCACUUCAUCGCAGGCCUCGUCGCCCGACAAGAAGGAGAUCUCAUCGUCGGAGACCUCAUCGACCGCUUCGACGCCCACCACGACGUCAGCCAAGAAGCGACGACUCGACUCGUGGAGAAUCCAAGAAUGGCAAAGAGCUCUCGACACACUUUCAUCGUGGUUGGAAAGGGUUGAGGAGGCGCUCGGCAUCGACACCGAUGACGAAGAGGGAUCACUUCUAUGGGAAUCAUUAGCCAUCGAAGAACAACAAGUGUUGUUAGAAGACACAGAAGCGGACGUCGAGUUACGGAAAACAGAAUUUGAACAAUUGAUAUCUCAGGGCAAACAAAUUGUCGAUGACUUGACGUCCAUCGGUGAAGACUCGCAAACCAUUGAAGAAGUGGUUCACACUAUUCUCGAGCGCUGGAUAGAAGUGAACCAAGUUUUGGAUGAAAGGCAGCAGAGAGUGAACGCCUUUCUUGAAGUGAAUCGAAUACACAGCGAAUCCGAUGCCAUGACUAGAGUUCUCGAAACGCAUCACAAAUGGCUGGAAACAGCAGAAGAGGCUAUUAAUAAGGCUGAAGAAUUGCCAAAACUUUUAGAUCAAAGCAAAUUACGCCUCAAAUCAAUGCAAUCGCAGAAAGAAAAAGUGCAGAAAAUAACUGAAGACGUGCUCCGACUGUGCGUUGAGAUCCCGUCCUCUUCUACCGAUUCCGCUAUAAAUGAUAUCAAAAGUUUCAUUUCUUUUUGGGACGAAACCAAUAAAAAGAUUAUUAAUUUUAAUAAUCGUUUAACGAAUGAUUUGCCGAAAACUGAUUUCAAACCAAAGUCUAUAUUAAGUGUCAAAAAGGAAACACAAAGUGUUCAAAAAGAAGAGCCCAAUGAGGAGUUGCCUCAACAAUACGCACAUCUAUUUAAGACAAUUAAACAAUUGAUGGACUGUUUGAACAAAACUAAUACAUCAAUUGAUUCUGAUUUUAUGGAUUCGAUUAACGACACAAAAACUUUGGAAACAGAAUUGAAAAAGUUUGAGGAACUCAUCAAAACUGUUUGCUCUGAAGAAUCAAAUCUCCGGAAUAUAAAUAAAGGUGUGAAGGAAGCGCUCGACUCCAAAACACUGUCUUCACAAUUGGAGAAAUCUUUAUCCAAAUCUAUGGAAGAAUUAAAUUUUAAAUGGGAUUCCGUUAACAAUAAAAUCAAAAGUAGAAUAGAAUUGAUUAAUAAAUCGUUGCAAACAAUUAAUCUGAUGGAAGAGGAGAUAAUAAGUUUAGACAAAUGGAUGGAUGAGGUGGACGUGUUUCUCAAUGAGGACAUUGCGAUCGGAGACUUAGAGACUUUGGAGCAGCAGUUGGAACAGUGCAACAAACUUCAAAAAGACAUCAAAAUGACAAUUCAGUCCUCUAUUGAUAACAUCAACAAAAACGCG